AUGGACAAGAAAUUCGACACCUUAAUUGAUAAUGCGAUAGAAAAAUUUAUUGUGUUUGGUGUUGAAAUCAAAGGUAUUCUUGUUUGUGAUAAAAAUGGAUUACCAUUAGCAAAUGUUUCAAUAUCUCCUGGACCGAUAGCAUUAUUAGCUGAAUUUGCAGAAUCAUUAUCAGGCCGACGAACGACUAUUUGUCUUGAACAUAAUGAAGCGUAUGAAAAAUAUAUGUACUUAUUAUAUUUAUUUAUCUUUCAUUAUAGGCAGGUACUUAUCCAACAAACAGACAAAACUGUUGUUGCUGCAUAUGCAACACAUACAACAUAA